AUGAAGUUUCCUCUUGCCAUUUCCUCUUUGUUUCAUACAGAGCAAAAGUCACUUAAAACAUACUUCUUUACUCACCUUGAGGUCUCCAUCCCAUCAAAGUCUAUAUAAGUCUCUUUUCAUCUUCUUUCCUUUCCAUCACUACAACUGAGCAACAAGCAACAUAUACUACCCAGCCAUAUCCAACACCUUCCAGCUCUAAUGGCAACUGCUAUUGUUUCAAAGCCAACAUUGUCUAAAUGGUUCUCCAACAAGAGCUUCAUGUUAAGUGUCCAUCGCUUUCAUCAUUCCAAAUCCGACCUGACCCUUGGUGUGUCUGAGACUGACCUUACUACUCCUCCUCCUCUUCCCAAGGAUGGCUCAUGUCCCCCUGUGAGUACUACUACUGCAAUCACACCCAAAGAACAAGCAAGAAAGGAAGAACUCAAAGAGAUAUUUAGUCACUUUGAUGCUGAUGGUAAUGGAAAAAUCUCAGGCUCUGAACUCAGAUCCUACCUUGCCUCUAUAGGGGAAUUCAUGUCCCCUGAGGAGGCCCAAGGUGUGAUCAAUGAUCUUGAUGCAGCAGGAGGCGACGAUUUGAUGGUUGAUUUUGAUGAUUUUGUGAAGUUGAUGGAACGAGAAGGUGGGGAAGAUGAUCUGAAAAGAGCCUUUGAGAUGUUUGUAGUGGAGAAGGGUUCUGGGUCUAUCACACCAGAGGGGUUGCAGAGGAUGUUUAGUUGCCUUGGAUACAAAAUAUCAAGUGAAGAGUGCAAGACCAUUAUACAGGCAUUCGACCAGGACGGCGAUGGUGUGCUUGGUUUCCCUGAGUUCCAGCAGAUGAUGGCUUAAUCGUAUAACCAAUAUUUGCUCAUGCUCUAUGUGUGUGUUAAUGUAUGCUCUUAAGUGCUCUCUCUCUCUCUCUCUCUCUCUCUCUCUCUCUCUCUGUGUUAUAGCGUAUGCUAGGUUUAUAGACAUGAAAAUAAUGGCCUUUCCCCUGUUUGGUUAAGAAGCUGAAAUGCAAUUGGGGGUGAGGCCCUAGGAUUGUCUGUAAUAUGUAAUUUUGUCUGUAAGACGGGUGGGUGUCAUGUAAUUAAUGAUUAUAUCCAAUAUUACUAUGUAUUGAAUAAGAAGUUGAAGCUUGGGAA